AUGAUGAGAAAAUUAACUCGUUCAUCAAAUAUUAGUUACCUUUAAAAUGAAAUUUUGAAGUUAUAAAAUUAAAUACAUUAUAAUGCCCAAAAAGAAUUAUUUUUGCUAAUUAUGUAAAAUAUUACGAAAGCAGCCUUAAUUAUACUUAAUUUACGUACAUUGUGA